ACAGAAAAGAGGCACGGACUUCUCCCUCAGCCUUGUGAGAAGACUUUUAAGCCGAACACGUCCAUAGAAAUGUUUCUGAAACGAACCCCUAAUAAAUCUAAAUGUUGCAAAUGUACAUGCUUAAGUCCACAUAUGAUGUCCUAAAGACUCAAGUGAAGUUUCCACACUGCUAGUAUUGACCCAAAGCGAUAUGUGGACUCCAAUAAAGGUAGAAAGCUACUCUGCGUUGCUGCUGGGAGAGGGGGGCAGAACAGCUUUUUGAAAAGAUGGAAAUUUUGGUCUUUUUAUUUUCAUUUUCUGCUCUUGGCGUUCUUUACGCCAUGAACACCAUUCCUGAGCUUCAAGAGCCCUACGUGAUCCUAGAGAUCGGUGUGGCUGUGCUGGUAGUUGUGUUUUUGUUCUACUUCAUCAUCACUCGUGGAAACCCCCCUAAAGACAUCUUGUUCUUCGUCUUUGCAGAAUUUUCUUUCACCUGUGUCAUCGACCUGAUCAGUGCACUGGAACAUGACGGCAUUGUUUCCGGUUUCAUGGAAUUCUACCAGAAGACUGGUGAACCCUACUUGGGGACCUCUUAUGGCAUCAUGAUGUGUUACUGGGAUGGAAUAGCACAUUUUAUCAUGUACCUGAUGAUGAUCAGCAGGAUAACAGACAGGAGAGCCUACCGUACCCUGGGUCUGUUCUGGGCCGGCUCUUUGUGCGCCAACAUGAGUGUGUUUAUUACUGGAAUAGCGGCAGGUAAAUACGGAACAGAGAUCCGCCCAGCUUUCUGGCUCAAUUUUCUCUUUCUGUUGAUGCCCGUGUUGGGAGCUGUUACGCUGUUCACUCGGCCCAAGGACAGACCACUAAUCGGCGGGUACAAUGCUCAACACAUCCAGAGCAUGAAGCUAAUCUGGCGUCCCUUAGAUCUGAUCUUGGUGGUGCUCCUGUUGGCUGCCAUGUCCUUCACCGUCCUCAGAGGCCUGGUGGCGCUGGACUCCCCACUCGAAGCCUGUGCUGUGUAUCUGAACCAGUAUGAGCCCUACCUGAAGGAUCCCGUGGGCUACCCUAAAGUUAUGAUGCUGCUCAUAUUCUUUUAUGGACUUCCGCUGCUGGGUGCAUUUGUUUAUGGCCUCCUUAAACCUGGGUGCACCUGGAUGUCAGACUGGACAACAUUCUUUGCAGGAGCCAUGAUCCAGUGCCAGUGGGCCCACAUUGGAGGAUCCCUCCACUCGCGCACUGCUGCUCCAUUUCGGAUCCCAAACGAUGUCUUCUGGACCGUGUUGGCAGCUAACUUGCUCUAUGCAGCCACCCCAGUUCUGGUGGCAAUGCGGGUUCAAAAUAAUCCCUAUUUUUUCCUCAAGAUUUCCCCGUUUCCCGGCCAGACCGGUUUGCCAAACAGUGAGGAGAAAGACACCAAGUACAAAGACAAAUGAUUUUUUUAACUGUUAUUGGUUAGUGGAGCUAAUCCCUAAAAUCCAAUGGCUCAUAACAACCUGCUUUAUCAGAAUUUCUUGAAAAUUAAAAGAUUAUUUUGCGCAA